AUGGAGUCCAUUUUUAUCCUAUUACAUAUGGUAAUGGCCAUUAUCAAUUUUACUAAAGGUAAUGGGACUACUUGUAUACUGCAAGGCGAACCUGCAUAUCCACAGUUAUGGAAGGAUGGGGAUAUCAUUGUUGGAGGACUUUUUCCCUUCCAUAGUAAUUGGGAGAUGACAGAUUUGACUUAUGUGGUCAUGCCACAAACAAUGAAGUGUAUUGGCCUUGAUUUCAGAGCCUUUCAGUAUUCACAGUCCUUGAUCUUUGCAAUAGAAGAGAUUAACAACAGUACCACUUUACUGCCUGGAAUCUCACUGGGGUACAAGAUAUUUGACACCUGUAGUUCAUCAACAAUGGGAGCGCGAGUUGCAAUGACACUUGUCAAUGGAAAUGAGAACUCAGUCAUGGAUGAGAUCUGCACAAAACCAGCACAGGUUCAGGCCAUAAUUGGCGAGACAUACUCUUCUGUGUCCAUGGCUAUAGCACAGAGUAUUGGACCUUUCAGCAUUCCCUUAAUCAGUCAUUAUUCCACCUGCGAGUGUCUCAGUGACAAGAGGAAAUAUCCCUCAUUUAUGCGCACUAUUCCUAGUGAUUAUUUCCAAAGCAGAGCACUUGCAGAGAUGGUCAAGCACUUUGGCUGGACCUGGGUGGGAGCAAUGAGAAGAGAUGAUGAUUAUGGAAACAGUGGAAUGGCUGCAUUUACUGAAGCUGCAGAACAGUUGGGUAUCUGCUUAGAAUAUUCCCUUCCAUAUUUUAGAACCUAUUCCCAAGAAAGAGUGCAAAGAAUCGUGGAGCAAAUCAAAAGCUCUACUUCUCGAGUAAUUAUUGGAUUCCUUGACAACUGGGACUUGGAGAGUUUACUGCCAAUAUUUUUUGAGCACAAUAUCACUGGAUUCCAGUGGGUCGGAACUGAAGCCUGGAUCUUUGAUUCAGAAUUGGCCACAAUGGAUCAACACCAUAUAUUGCAGGGAGCUAUAGGACUAGCUAUCCCUAAAUCAAAGGUGACGGGUCUGCAGGACUUCAUUUUAGACAUACAUCCACUGAAAUCUGUAGGCAGUGCCAUUUUUACUGAAUUCUGGGAGGCUUUGUUUGACUGUAAAUUUGCAGUGAAAAAUAAUUCACAGGACCUGCCUGCUUGCACUGGUAAUGAAAAGCUGUCUGAGGUGGAAAACACAUUUACUGAUAUGACCCUGAUGCCAAUAUUCAAUAAUGUGUAUAAAGGAGUGUAUGCAAUUGCUUAUACCUUACAUGAACUUCUUGGCUGCAAGCAAACAUGUCCUAUCAAUAAACAGCCUGAUCCUUUCACUUUUCUAGAACAGCUUAAGAGAGUGCAUUUCAAAACCAAAGAGGGUGAAGAUGUUUUUUUUGACAAAAAUGGUGACCCUGCAGCAAAGUAUGAGAUAAUAAACUGGCAUUUGAAUGAAGAGAAACAGCAUGAAUUUGUCACUGCUGGUCAUUAUGACUCCUCUCUAACUGGUCAUGACCAUUUAUUUGUAAAUAUGACCUCUAUUAUGUGGGCACAACAUACAAAUCAGGUGCCAAAAUCUGUGUGCAGUGAGAGCUGUCCUCCAGGAACAAGGAAAGCUGUACAGAAAGGAAAACCCAUCUGCUGCUUUGAUUGCAUACCAUGUGCUGAAGGAGAGAUCAGUAAUUUUACAGAUUCCAUUGAAUGUCAACAAUGCUAUCAAGAAUACUGGUCAAAUCCUCAGAGAGAUGAAUGUGUAAAGAAGGAAAUUGAAUAUUUGUCCUACGAAGAAACUAUGGGAAUUUUGCUAACAGCUGUUUCUAUUAUUGGUGCUUUUAUUACAAUGGUAAUAGCAAUCAUUUUUUUUAGACAUAAAAAUACACCAAUUGUCAAGGCCAACAACUCUGAGCUGAGCUUCCUGCUGCUCUUCUCUCUGACUCUGUGUUUCCUCUGUUCACUUACUUUCAUUGGUCAGCCUUCUGAGUGGUCCUGUAUGCUGCGUCACACAGCGUUUGGGAUCACCUUCGUCAUCUGCAUCUCCUGUGUACUGGGAAAAACAUUAGUGGUGUUAAUGGCCUUCAGGGCUACACUUCCAGGCAGUAAUGUCAUGAAAUGGUUUGGGCCUCCACAGCAGAGACUCAGUGUACUUGCUUUCACUCUCAUACAGGUUCUCAUUUGUGUGCUUUGGCUGACAAUAUCCCCUCCUUUUCCCUUUAAAAACUUAAAUAUCUACAAGGAAAAGAUCAUUCUGGAAUGUCAUUUAGGCUCAAACAUAGGUUUUUGGGCUGUGCUGGGCUAUAUAGGUUUUUUAGCUCUUUUAUGUUUUCUUUUGGCUUUUCUAGCUCGGAAAUUGCCUGAUAAUUUUAAUGAAGCUAAAUUCAUCACAUUCAGCAUGCUCAUAUUCUGUGCAGUUUGGCUCACUUUUAUCCCUGCUUAUGUCAGCUCUCCUGGAAAAUUUACUGUUGCUGUGGAGAUAUUUGCCAUUUUGGCAUCAAGCUUUGGCUUAUUAUUCUGUAUAUUCCUUCCAAAGUGUUAUAUAAUCAUACUGAAACCUGAGAAGAAUACUAAAAAGCAAAUGAUGGGCAAAGCUAUUUGA